CAACAAUGACUUUUAUAAAAUCAGUGUUUUUAUCAAAUAGACUUUUUAUACGGAUAAAUACAAAUCUUUUAGCAUUCCCCAGCACAAAUCUACAAUUGUGAACCAGCAACCACUGCCUUAAAAUUUUUUCGCCUUUCUAAGGUCCUGCCGUUUCCAAAGUCCUAAUUAAUAAGAAAUGUAAUUGAUAUAUCAACUAUCAUAACUUUAUAAAAAGAAAUAUGCCUCCCGGAAGAUGGUCCGAUGGAAUCGAGCUAGAAGAAUUAUCGCCAGAAAGAGAUGGUUAUCAAUUUGCAAAGGAGAAAGUUCAAAGUACAAUAAACCACGACGAGGUUGAGAGUUUUGAUAUCGAAAGUGUAUACAGAAUUAAGAACAAGUACACUUGGAAUCGAUAUAGAGAGAGGAGGGAGAAAAUGAGUCAAGAACUAGGGGGUGCGUGGGUCAAAGAAAUGCGCCUCUUUCACGGCUCACCCCACGCAAAGACAAUCGCUAAUGAAGGAUUUGACAGAGGAUUCGCCAAAAAAUCGGGAAUGUUCGGAGACGGCGUCUAUUUUGCGGAACAUUCAUCCAAAAGCAACAACUACGCUUUCGGUGCCUUCAAGAAAUGUGAAAAACACGACGAAUUGCAUUGCGAGAUUUGCAUUAGACGAAUUUUGAUUUGCAAAGUCGCUCUCGGAAGAAUGUAUGAGACGAAUAGGACUGUGAAAUAUCUUCCUGAAGGAUAUCAUUCCGUCAAAGCCAUACCAGAUACUGGAUUUCUGUUGCGUCCCGAGUACAUAAUUUAUAAUGACGAUCAGGUGUAUCCCAGCUAUUUGGUAGAGUACACUGCCAAGUAUAAGAAGUCAACGGAUCAAGCAUGUGUUAUUGCUUGAGUAUUAAAAGAUCUAACCCUGAAUCGACCUGGAAACAAUGAGUUGCGGUUUAUGGCAAAAUAAAUGGGGGAUAUUCACAUGCGAAGUUAGCACCAGCAAAUCGCAUGAGGUGCAAAAUAAUCAGUGACCAGCAAGUGACGUGUGCCAAAUCAAAAAUUGUCGCUGUCUCAGCAAAAUCUUACAUUAAGCGUUUCAAAUUUGUACAAUGGUCUGCCCGUGACGCUGAGGGUAGAGGCUUGAUAUGCAGUAUUUGUGCGUGAAUUAAAUGAAAAAGCUGAAUUGUUAUUUGGAAGACCGCGAUUUUUUGGCAGAACUUUUACAUAUUGAGCGUUGUUUUGUUUUCAUUCAAAACAAUUUACAGGCGAGUGGAGGGUUGAUUGCUUUUGUAAUACUAUUUUAAAUAAAAAUUAUUUUAUUUUUA